UCUGAUUUCCAUCAAGCCUGUGCCUGUUCACAAUUUGGUAAUAACUGUGAUCCCAUCAGUGGCCACUGUAUCUGCCCCCCCAAUACCAUUGGAGAGAUGUGUGACAAGUGUGCACCAAAUCACUGGGGCCAUGAUAUUGUCCAUGGUUGCAAGCCCUGUGACUGUAGCCUCGUUGGAGCCCUAAGUUCUCAGUGUGACUUAAAUACAGGCUGCUGCUUCUGCCGCCCUGAAUUCUCUGGGGAUAAAUGCACUGAAUGCAGGUUGGGUUACUGGAAUUAUCCACAAUGCAUUGCUUGUCAGUGUGUCCUGUCUGGCACUGAUCCACGGAGCUGUGAUACAGAUUUGGAGACAUGCUCAUGCGUUAAUCAUACUGGCCAAUGCAGCUGCAAGGCCAAUGUGGAAGGUGUCCAUUGUGACAGGUGCAAGUCUGGCACAUUUGGCCUCUUUGCCAGAAACCCACUUGGCUGCAGCAGCUGCUAUUGCUUUGGCUUGACUACACAGUGCAGUGAGGCAAAGGGGCUUAUCCGCAUGUGGGUGACCUUGAGGCCAGAGCAAAUGGUUCUGCCGCUGGUGGAUGAAAACCUUCACCAAAGCACUCUUUCAGGGAUUGCAUUCCAGCCUCCUGAAAUAGUAGCAAAUAUAGACCAGGUGAUGCAGAUUCUUCGUUCAGAACCUGUUUACUGGAGGCUUCCAGAGCAGUUUGAAGGACGAAAGCUGACUGCUUAUGGAGGGAAACUAAAAUAUGCAAUCUACUUUGAAGCACGAGAAGAAACAGGUUUUACUACUUACUACCCCCAAGUGAUCAUCAGAGGUGGCCCUCCCACUCACACAAGAGUUAUUGUCCGGCAUAUGGCUGCCCCUCUGAUUGGACAGCUGACAAGGCAUGAGAUAGAGCUGACAGAGCAUGAAUGGGAAUAUUAUGGUGAUGGCCAAAGAGUGAGAAACAUUGUACCCUGGGAAUAUCAGGAUGACCCAACAGUCAACAAGACCAUAUCUCAGGCAGAUUUCACAUGGAAACAUUAUGCAGAUGACUCGAGGCCGAGUAGAGUUGUAUCCCGGGAAGACUUCCUGAAUGUGCUGUAUGAUGUUCAUUACAUUCUUAUUAAGGCUACUCAUGGCAACAUCAUGAGGCAGAGCAGGAUUUCUGAGAUCUCAAUGGAAGUUGCUGAAGGUGGCAUUGUUUCUGGAAUGACUCCUCAGGCUAACUUGAUUGAGCAAUGUGACUGCCCACUGGGUUAUUCUGGUUUGUCUUGUGAGUCAUGCUCUCCAGGAUUUUACAGGCUUCCAGCCUCACAUGGAGGAAGGAUAACUAGUCAGUCCCUAGGUGCCUGUGUUGUGUGUCAAUGUCAUGGGCACAGUGCUACGUGUGACCCUGACACAUCAGUUUGUCAGAAUUGUCAGCACAAUACUGCCGGUCAGCACUGUGAGAGAUGUGCAUUGGGAUUUUAUGGCAUUGUCCAAGGAUCUCCAGAGGACUGCCAGCCUUGUGCUUGUCCCCUAUCCAUUUCCAGUAACAAUUUUAGCCCUUCUUGUGUUGUGGAAGGACCUAGUGAUUAUCGGUGUACUGCAUGCCCACCUGGAUAUGAGGGCCAGUAUUGUGAAAGAUGUUCUCCUGGCUACACAGGAAAUCCACAAACCCCAGGAGGAUCCUGCCAGGAAUGUGAGUGUGAUCAAUAUGGUUCUAUGCCUGUCCCCUGUGACCCUACCACCGGAGUGUGUACUUGCAAGCCUGGAUUCACAGGGUGGAAGUGUGCUGGCUGUGAACAUCGAUAUGCACGUGAUGGCAUGAAAUGCAUUUCUUGUGAUGAUGAAUGUACAGGACUCCUUCUCAAUGACCUAGAUCGACUAAACCAGAUGAUCAUGAGUGUUAACCUGACUGGUCCACUGCCUGCUCCAUAUAAAUUGUUGUACAGUUUUGAAAACACAACACAGGAAUUAAAGGUAACAGCAGUUGGAGGGCUUCUGAAAUUCACAGUCUCCUAUGAUUUCACAAAGCAAGAGGAGGCAGCUCAAUUGAUGAUCCAACCUGAUGUCAUCUUAGAGGGAGGAGGUGAUUUGAGAAUCAGCACUCCAAAAGGCAGAAUUCACUUGCAGCCUUCUGAAGUGCACACUGAAGAAAUUGUGCUGAAACCAGAAUCUUUCUCUUUGCAUGGCACUGAUGUUCCAGUCAGCAGGAGAGAGUUCAUGACUAUCUUUGCAAACUUAAAGAGGAUCCUCAUAAGAGCGACAUACAGCUAUGGGAUGAAUGCCAUCUACAGACUAAAUGGUGUUAGCAUUGAAGCUACUGACUACUCUUCAACUGGGAGAAAGCUAGCAUCUUCAGUGGAGUUAUGUGACUGUCCCCGAGGUUAUGAUGGUACCUCAUGUGAGUAUUGCUGGCCACAACACAGACGUGUGAACGGCACAAUCUUUGGUGGAAUCUGCACACCGUGUACAUGCUUUGGUCAUGCAGAGUCAUGUGAUAAUAUCACAGGAGAAUGUCUGGAUUGCAAACACAAUACAGGUGGUUCAUAUUGUGAUAGAUGUCUUCCUGGUUUCUAUGGUGAUCCUACUAAAGGAACAGCUGAAGACUGUCAGUUGUGUGCUUGCCCACUAAAUAUACCUUCUAACAAUUUUAGCCCAACAUGCCAUUUUGACCGAAGCCAUGGAUUAAUAUGUGAUGAAUGCCCAGUUGGGUAUGUGGGACCACGCUGUGAAAGGUGUGCAGAAGGCUAUUUUGGACAACCUCUAAUACCAGGGGGAUCAUGCCAACCAUGCCAAUGUAAUAACAACCUUGACUUCUCCGUUCCUGGCAGCUGUGACAGCUUGUCUGGUGCUUGCCUGAUAUGUAAGUCAGGUACAACAGGCCAGUAUUGUGAGAGGUGUGCUGAUGGAUAUUUUGGUGAUGCUCUUGAUGCAAGGAACUGUCAACCCUGCCAUUGCCAUGUCAAUGGAUCCAUCUCAGAGAUCUGUGACUCUCAGACUGGCCAGUGCGAGUGUAAACCCAACGUGAUUGGGCGCCAGUGUGACAUGUGCAAGCCCAGCUACUUCUGGGCCCCAGAUAAACGGUUUUGUAUACCCUGUGGCUGCAGUGCCUUAGGAUCCAUGUCACUGCAAUGUGAUAUGUCAGGAAGAUGUAUCUGCAAAUCACGAUUCACAGGCAAACGCUGUGAAAUCAGCAGACGGGUGCCUAAAUUGAAAGAAAGUGCACAAAGCAGUCAGCAGAUUCGAGUCCCCCCUCGGAGAUGGGGCUUCAGCAGUGCCAGUGGGUGCCCACGGGGUGCUUACCAGCCUGCUACUCUGCCUGAAACGUUUGGCUUACAAUCUUCCAGAGGAUGUGUUCCCUGCAACUGCAACUCUUUUGGUUCCAAAUCCUUUGACUGUGAUGGAAAUGGACAGUGUUACUGCCAGCCAGGAGUGACAGGGAAGAAAUGUGACCGCUGUGCUCAUGGAUUUUACAACUUUGAAGAAGGAGGCUGUACUCGUAUGUAAAUCCUUCAUGGCCUAUUGCAAGUUUAUUUA